AUGGUUCUUUUAGAAAGAGCAAUGCCAACAACACUCAUCUCUAUGCUUGCCAAAAUCCAUGGUGAAAAUCCCGUUGUCAGUGAGGCGAAAGGGGUGGUACCUACCUGCACAUGUGCUCUGAUGCCUAAGUCAGGUGGGAAACAAGGAGAAUGUAAGUGGUGUUGGAGGAUAUUGGUAAAUAGGGAGGGCCUUUGGUUUAGAGUUUUGGCUUCUAGAUAUGGCCUUGUGGGGGGGCGGCUGAAGCGUGGUGAUAGGAAUGGGUCAGUGUGGUGGAGGGAUAUAGCUAGCAUCCGGGAUGGUGAUGCGUCCGUGUUGGGUAGUUGGUUUCCAGAAAACUUAAGCGUACAUGUUGGAAACGGUGCUAACACUUUAUUUUGGUUGGAUAGGUGGGUUGAUGAUGUUCCUUCUUGUGUCAGGUUUAGUCGUUUAUAUGAUUUGUCUGAAAAUAAAUUGGCUACUGUUGCUCAAAUGUUCAGUUGGGGGUGGAAGAUUGGAGGGGAGGCGUGGAAGUGGAGGCGGAGAAUGUGGGACUGGGAGGAGGAGAUGGUAGUGGAGUGUAGGAGUUUAUUGCUAACGGCUUUGCUGCAGGUUGAUACUGAAGAUGUCUGGACGUGGACUCCUGAUCCUGUGGAGGGGUAUACGGUUAGUGUGGCCUAUCUUACGAUCAUUGAUAGGACACCUCCCACUAAUAAUGUUCUAGCGGCUCUCUUAUGGAGAAAGGAUGUCCCGAUGAAGGUGUCGGUGUUUGCUUGGCGUCUUUUUCGGCAUAGAUUGCCUUCUAAAACAAAUUUGUUUCGUCGAGGUAUUAUUCCUUCUGAGGCUCAACUAUGUAUUAGUGGUUGCGGUCAACAGGAGUCCGAGACUCAUUUGUUUUUAUCUUGUACUCUUUUUGGUCAUAUUUAG